CUUAGCCAUGCUUUUCAGAAAGCAUGGAGUUCCAUAUGGUAGAUCUGAUCGUACCGGGAGUAGCGCCCUACGGUACGUCCUGUCAUAAGACUGAUUAAUGUGCUUAGAUUUCUGAACCAUGCAAGACCACACGGUAGGUCUUACCAUAAUGGCAAUCUCGCCGCCUGAAUAGGUAGACCACAACACGAAGCCCACUCAUGACUCUAUUGUCUCGCUGAAUUCCAAUAUGAGCCGUUCCUGUGGUUAUCCGAACCUGGUGGUUAUGCUUCUUUGCACAGCAUGCUUACUCCUUAUCGAAACCGACGUACUUGUGCUCUGGAUUCUACUUAAAGUAGAGAGAACACCCUCACAAGCGUCAUUUAUCUACACUUGUUUUACGAUUAUUGUGCUGUACUGGGCUUGUGUCUGGCUAUAUCUGAAGAUGUCAAGAGCGCCUGAUUAUCUUUAUUUCCUACCAGGGAGUUCUAAAGAGAAUCCGAUUGUGAUUGAUGACGAUGACGGCUAUGCAACUCUCUCUCUAUCUGGGGCAAGUGAUGUAAACGUGGCUACGCUUGAAUCUCAAGAUGAUGAACAGAGAGAGAACAAUGACGAUGAUGAGUUUUCCAUGCAUUGCACUUCAUGCAAAUCCAAGCAUACUGCACAGGGAGAUCAUCGACUUGGACUGCUUGAAUGCAAGAUUUGCUACCAGAACGCAGUUGAUAUCGUACUCGACUGCGGCCAUCCGUGGUGCUUCGAUUGCUUCCAAGAAACAUUUCAUCAAUAUGUCUACCGUGCAACAAAUGGUGAUUUUGCACAGGCCAAGGCAAGACUUAUUUCAGAAGAUAUUCGACCUUGCUGUCCUUACUGCAGACAGCCAACAAGAGGAUUUUAUCUAUCCCAGCUUGGAGACGCAGAUGAGCAGCAAGAGCAGCAGAAUCUUCUUUAUUUAAGAUGUUGUGACAAGACACACAAAGGUUGCUUCAUGACGAAAUUUAUUGUGCGAGGAACCAAGCUGCGAUUUAUCUAGAAAUACUUAUGUUUGGACAAUGCCAUCAUUCCACCAUCUAAUCCGCCUUUUGCAUUACAAGCACAGAAAAUCAACUGCUAAAAUGUAUGUGACAACCUCUAUAUUUUGGAUGAUGAUUGUCUGUGCUGCUUCUGCAAACCUUGUUGGUUGAACUAAGAUGAGCGCAUUUACAUGUGGAACCCGAGAAGAUAGGUCAAAAAGACAAUACUUGGCAAAAGACUUUUAUGCAUACUGUA